AUGAAACUGGUUCUUUUUCCCAAACAGGAGGCAAAACAAUCGAUGAUAAGUCAGACACAAAAAGUGAAAGAAGAAAAUCAGAAAUUAAGAAAAGAACUACUGGCAUUGAUUAGAAGAACUCGCGCCCUUCACGAGAAACGACAGCAGCUUGAAGAACAACAUAAAACAUUAAAACGUGAUUUACAAUACGGAAAAGACUUAACCAGAAUACAGGGGACAAGACAGAACAGACUUUAUAAAUCGUUUGGAAUUGUGGAGAAAACAACAGAGUCAUCACCAAGAAAAGCUUGA